AUGAUUUCUGAUUGCGAGGGGGAAGAGAUCAGGUACGAUGGCGACUCUAAAAGAAUAAGGAGCAUUGUGUACGAAUGCUUUGAUGGAGCCUACGACCCGAGGAGGAGGUACAUUAUAUGCAUUCAGGGGCCUACAUCAACUGGAAAAACGACUCUUGCCAGGAAACUCUACAUGCUGCUAAGUAAGGGCGGGAUAAAUACCUAUGCACUUGAGCUGGAUUCCUACUACUUUAGGCCUCUGAACCCAGACCUCGAUGAAGAGGACUACGACUUUGACAACCCGGGGGCACUUGAUUGGGAAAACAUCUUCGGUGUUCUGAAGGCUUUGAGGGACAAGGAGCCGUUUAUUAAGCGCAAUGUGUACUCUGCAUCCUCCUAUGGAGAAGUUUCUGUGGUGAGGGAGGCAAACACCAUGCCCGAUGUUAUAAUAAUAGAUGGAGUGCAGGCGUUUAACACUGUUAACAGCAAAAUUUUCAACAUCAAGGAAUUUGAUCCGUACGACACAGAAAAGACCAUUGACAACGAGUUUGUGGAUAACUCUCUUAGGAUGGAUGAUUUCAAGAUACUUAAGAUCCUUAUGACCAAUUGUGCCUCAAAGAUUCUUUCGGUAAGGCUCAAAAGAGAUGAGCUGAUAGGGAGGAAGAGAGAUGCAAUAGUUAAGAGAUUUUAUUCGAAAACACUCCUCAGCACUUUAAGGUGGACAUAUUCGCCGAUGUACAAUAAGUUCAUUAAGAUUGUACAUGGGAACUUCAACUAUGAGAAGGUUGAUCUGGUGAUGAAUGAGCUAGGCCUUUACUUCUUUGGAAGGGAGAUAGCAGUGGAUGAUUCCAGAGAGAUGGAUCUGAGCAACGAGUUCAAUGUUGAGUGUACAGGUGAGUGCAAGUAUGGAGGAGAGCCAUACAUUGUCCUAGAUGACAAGGGCGCAGGACUAUGA